AUGGACAUCAGAAAAACAUAUGUGAUUAUUUUCUUUGUAGGGAUAUUGACAAUUUCAUUUUCUAGCUACAACAUUGGCCAAACCAGGUUAGUUGUUAUCCAAGAGCAAGAGCCACAUUGCAUUGGGCCAUGUGAGAUAGCUUUCGGUAAUAGACCAUGUAACGAAGAGUGUACAAGUCAACAAUAUGCAUAUGGAUUUUGUGAUUAUCAAACAAAAGGUGAAGACAACCCACAAUGUUGUUGCUACACAUCGUAG